GUGCACCACUGUCAUGAGAAGUUUUCUUUUUUUCUUUUUAAUAAGACUGAAAUUAUUUUUCUCCUUCUCGCUUUCACAACUUCAUAUCCGUAUGUACAUGCGUGUUUAUAGAAAGGUAACACCUACUAUCAGCUGCCAGCAAAUAUUUCCCCCAGGGAAUCUCUCCAUUAAGCAGGCUGAGCCUCUGAUAUAUGAGCCAAAGGUAAUCUGUGAAUGUCACAUCUACCUGUUGGGUACGCUCGGAGCUCAGCAUGGAGAGCUUGUUCCAGAUCAUCAGAAUUGCAACUCGUUAUGUGCAGAAGACACUUAUCCUUUGCUCCUUAUUUUUAUACGUUGCUGUGGGCAGAAUUCUUAUGCUUCUGUUUCCAAGGACCAUGGCAUCUGUGCUAAAAUCUCGUUUUGAGAUGACUGGAGCCCAUGUUCCUAAGUUUCAAUAUGAAGACUGGGGACCAACCUUUUUCACCUACAAAUUUUUAAGGUCUAUUCUACAGAUCAUGUGGCUUCGACUGGAAGAUGAAGCGUUCCUGGGGCAUGCAGCCCCCAAUACUCCAGUUGUGGACCUAAAUGGUGAACUACAUAAUGUAUUGGACUAUUUAAAAGGUCAUCGCCCAUUGGUUCUCAACUUUGGGAGCUGUACCUGACCACCAUUCCUCUUCAAGCUUGAUGAGUUCAAUAAGCUUAUCCAGGAUUUUGGCUAUGUGGCUGACUUUCUGAUCAUCUAUAUUGAUGAGGCACAUGCCGCAGAUGGAUGGGCCUUAAAGAACAAUGUACAUAUUAAGAAGCACCAAAGCAUCCAAGAUCGACUUGUCGCCGCCAAGCGCCUAUUGGAAGAGCUGCCUUCCUGCCCCGUGGUGAUAGACACCAUGCAGAACCUGUGCAGUGCCAAAUACGCCGCUCUCCCCGAGAGGCUUUACAUCCUGCAGGAUGGCAAAAUCAUUUACAAGGGCCAGAUGGGUCCAUGGGGCUACAAGCCAGAAGAAGUACGCUUUGUUCUUGAGAAAAUGGACUAGCCAAGUUGCCACUUGCCGUUGGAUGAUAAUUAUCCGUGUGAGCCCACACUCAUCAUCUGUCUGAACCACAACUGUUAAUACUCGUCAUAAAAUACUCAGAGCCUGACUCCACAAUUAGUUUGUUUGUGACGGUCGUAGCUUAAAGCAUAGCCGGCUCCUACCUGAUAUUGCAAAUAAUUGUACGCGUCCAGUGUUCAGAGUAUAGAAGAUUAAAUUAAAAUAUGUUUUAC